UAACUACAGUGAGUACGCAGCGAGAAAAAAGCAAACACGUCACAACACUUUAGCCGUAGUCCCACGCGUAACAGAGACUAGGACAAAAUGGCUAAACAAGUGGCUGAUUUUCAGGGCAGCAAGCUCCAGUUCUACCAGAAGGUGGCGUUAGGCAUCAUCCUGGGAGCCGUGCUCCUCUCCCUGCCGGCUUUGUGCGCCGGCCAGGGCAAUCCCAGUUUCAAAUACUCGCGGGAAGCCAACGAAAACUUCGAUCCGCAGAGCGCUCCGCAGGCGGGGCACCAUCAUCACCACGACCAUGACCAUGGACACGACCAUCACCAUCACGACCACGAUCAUGGGCAUCAUCACCACGAGCACGAUCAUGAUCACGGCCACGAUCAUGGACACCAUCAUCACGGGCACGGAGAAAGUCACACCAAGUCAAAGCCGGCUUUAGAUAUGAGCACCAUUUGGCUGCACUCCAUCGGCUCCACGCUUCUUAUCAGUGCCGCUCCCUUUGUGCUGCUGUACAUCAUUCCCCUCGACAACAGUGAGGCAAUGAAGCCGCGUCUCAAAGUUUUGCUGGCCUUCGCAUCCGGCGGCUUGUUGGGCGACGCUUUCCUGCACUUGAUUCCUCAUGCAACGCAUCCUCAUAGCCAUGGAGAACAUGAUCACGACCACGACCACGAUCACCAUCAUCAUCAUCACGAGGGAGAGGAACACGAGCACGCCCACAGUCACGACAUGAGCGUUGGCCUGUGGGUCCUUGGUGGAAUCAUUGCCUUUUUGUCGGUGGAGAAACUUGUUCGCAUCCUUAAGGGCGGUCAAGGAGGACAUGGGCAUAGCCAUGGAGCUCCAAAGCCCAAACCAGUGGCUCCUAAAAAGAAGUCUUCCGACAAGGAAGACAGCGGAGAUGGAGACAAACCUGCUAAGCCAACCAAGACCAAGUCGAAGAAACCAGAAGCCGAGCCGGAGGGCGAAGUGGAGAUUUCUGGCUACUUGAACCUCGCAGCCGACUUUGCCCACAACUUUACCGACGGUCUGGCCAUCGGUGCCUCAUACUUGGCGGGCAACAGCAUUGGCAUUGUGACCACAGUCACCAUUUUGCUGCACGAAGUACCCCACGAGAUUGGCGAUUUUGCCAUUCUGAUCAAGUCGGGCUGCUCCAGGCGAAAGGCGAUGAUGCUGCAGCUGGUCACUGCCCUCGGAGCUCUGGCGGGCACAGCGCUGGCUCUCCUGGGAGCUGGAAGCGGAGACGGCUCCGCACCAUGGGUUCUGCCCUUCACCGCUGGCGGUUUCAUCUACAUCGCAACAGUGAGCGUUCUGCCAGAGCUGCUCGAGGAGUCCACCAAGCUGAAGCAGUCGUUGAAGGAAAUAUUUGCUCUUCUCACCGGCGUAGCACUUAUGAUCGUCAUCGCGAAGUUCGAGUAGUGUUUAAUGUUCGAAAAGUUAAUAAAAAAGUUAUAAUAGCGCGGCGAUUCAAAUUUCUAAUAUUCCAAAA